UGGGCCGAUGGGGCCGGCGGCGGUGGCGUGAUCCCCGCCCCGCCGCGCCGGGCAAAGCCGCAACCGCGGGUGCGCUCCGGUUCCUCGGCUCCUCCGCGGGUGCGCAGCGGUUCCUCCGUGCCGAGGGAGCUCGGCGGCUCCCAGCACCUCGGUGCUCCCCGUCGGGGCUGCGGGCGGGCAUGGCCCCGCGGGUGCUGGUGCUGGUGCUGGCGCUGGCGCUGGGGCGGGGGGCGGCGGAGCUGGCGGAGGAGCUGGUGCUGGCCCUGGGGGCUGCCGAGGAGGAGGCACCCACCAUCGGGGUCACCCCCUCGGGACCCGCCGCCUUCCAUCGCGCCGCCAAGGCGUCGUGGCGGCUGCCCGGGCGCUACGUGGUGGUGCUGCGGGCGGGCGGCGGCGAGGCCGAGGUGCGAGGCACGGCGCGGCGGCUGCAGGCCCGGGCGGCUCGGCGGGGGUACCUGACCGAGCUGCUGCACGUCUUCCACCUCCUGCCCGCCUUCCUGGUGAAGAUGAGCAGCGACGUCCUGGACAUGGCGCUGAAGCUGCCGCGUGUGGAGUACGUCGAGGAGGAUGCCUACGUCUUUGCCCAGAGCAUCCCCUGGAACCUGGGCAGGAUCAUGCCACCGCAGCCCAGCUCGGGUGCCUACAACCCUCCCAAUAAAGGUGACCUGGUGGAGAUUUACCUGCUGGACACCAGCGUGCAGAGCACCCACCGGGAGAUCGAGGGCAGGGUGCUUGUGACCGACUUCGAGAGCAUCCCCGAAGAGGACGGCACCCGCUUCCACAGGCAGGCCAGCAAGUGCGACAGCCACGGGACCCACACGGCCGGGGUGCUGAGCGGGCGCGACGCCGGCGUGGCCACGGGCGCCAGCGUCCGCAGCCUCCGCGUGCUGAACUGCCAGGGGAAGGGCACCGUCAGUGGGACCCUCAUGGGCCUGGAAUUUAUCGAGGCGGCGCUGGAGGCUCAGCCCCACGCGCCGCUGGUGCUGCUGCCCUUCGCCGGCGCCUACAGCCGUGUGCUGAACGCCGGGUGUCGGCGGAUGGCGCGGAUGGGGGUGGUGAUGGUUGCGGCUGCCGGUAACUACAAGGACGAUGCCUGCCUGUACUCACCAGCAUCCGAGCCAGAGGUCAUCACGGUCGGUGCCACCAACAGCCAGGACCAACCCGCCUCCCUCGGCACCCUGGGCACCAACUUCGGCCGCUGCGUGGACCUGUUCGCCCCGGGGGACGACAUCAUCGGCGCCUCCAGCGACUGCAGCACGUGCUUCACGGUGCAGAGCGGGACGUCGCAGGCGGCCGCGCACGUGGCAGGCAUCGCUGCCAUGCUGCUCAGCGCCGAGCCCCAGCUGAGCCUCGGCGAGCUCCGGCAGCGCCUCCUGCACUUCGCCACCAAGAAUGUCAUGGACAUGGCGUGGUUCCCCGAGGAGCAGCGGCUCCAGACGCCCAACAGCGUGGCCGGGCUGCCCGCCCGCCUGGGCACAGCUGAGCAGCUGCACUGCCGCUCGGUGUGGUCGGCGCGCUCGGGGCUCACCCGGCGCGCCACGGCCGUGGCUCGCUGCGCCGGCACCGAGGAGAUGCUCAGCUGCUCCAGCUUCUCCCGCAGCGGCAGGCGGCUGGGGGAGCACAUGGAGGACAAGGACGGGCAGAAGCAGUGCGUGGCCCACAACGCUUUCCGGGGCCGGGGUGUCCACGCCAUCGCCAGGUGCUGCACGUGGCCCAGGGCCGAAUGCCGGAUCAACGCCAGCUCCUUGGCGGCCGAGGGGGCCGGCUGCUCCCCCCGGGACCACGUGCUGACCGGGUGCAGCUUCCACUCCCCCGGCGCGGCGCUGGGGGAUGGCGGCAGAGCCGUGGCGGGGCCGGGGAGGGGGCCCGGCCGCUGUGCCGGCGGGCCGGAGGUGCUGGCCCACGCCUUGUGCUGCCCGGCCGCUGGCCUCGAGUGCCGGCUGGAGGAGCGGGCGGCCCUGGGCUCCGCCGAGAAGGUGACGGUGUCCUGCGAUGACGGUUGGGCGCUGACGGGCUGUAACGCCCAUUCCCAGAGCCCUGGCACCAUGGGAGCCUACGCCGUGGGCGAUACCUGCGUGGCAGCCCGUGUCCCGGGCAGCGGCGUGGCCGUGGCCAUCGCCAUUUGCUGCCGGAGCCGGCAGUAGGGACGGGCUGAGCCGGAGCGGUGGCAGGACUCGGCCCGGUCCACGCUCCGCCGGGUGGGUGCUGCUGCUCCCCACUCGUGACGGUGGGGUACAACCUCGUCACCCUCUCGCUGCUCUGCGAAGAGCCUGGCGAGCUCUGCCCCGUCGCGGGAGCCCUCCCGGCCUCCUUUCCCCGCUGCACACCGCGUCUCUCUGUAAACACCCUGGCUGUCCCAGCCGUCUCGGGGCUGGUUGUUCAUGUUGUCACCCAAUGUGGGCAAAAACACCACCUUUUAAAAAAAAAAAAAAAAAAAAAAUUACUGUGCUCCUUCCUUUCUUCAUUCAUUGCUCAUUAGGUGUCAGCUAAUGCUGCUUAGUGUCUGGAAAAAUCAUAGUUUAGCUAUUUUUGGGGCAGUUUUAUAAUUGCCUGCUCCUGUACUUUUUAGUUAAGCUUAAGGGCUGUAAAGAGUUUGCUUGUUCAAUUAGAUUUUAAUCUGCAUUGCUACAGUCAGCUACUGCUUUGUUACUGGUUUGUCUGUUGUUGAGUCAAAGUUAAUUAUCUGCUGGUGUUAGGCAUUGCUUUAACAGUUUCCCUUUCAGGUCUUCCUAAGACACAUAGCACAGGCUGCGAGUCCUUUUUUUUUUUUUUU